CUCGGUCCUGGCACGGGGAUGGACUUUCGGGCCGCUGCCUUGGCGAAGGGUGUGAUGUAUAUGGGAUAAGAUCUUUUCAGCGUAGUAAGCAUGGUUCGAGAACGAAAAUGCAUAUUAUGCCACGUUGUGUACAACUCAAGAAAGGAGAUGGAAGAACACGUAAGAAGCAUGCUCCACCACAGAGAACUUGAAAACCUGAAGGGAAGGGACAGCAGUCAUGAAUGCCGGGUGUGCAGAGUGACGCUGGUGGGUUUGUCAGCAUAUGCCAAGCACAUCUCCAGCAAGCUGCACAAAGAUAAUGUUUAUGACCAUGACAGAAAUCAGGAAGAGAAAGAAGAGGCAGAAGAAGAAUACCUUGACAAAGAAGUCAUUCAACUAAUCAAACAAAGGAAGGAACGGAACCGGCAAACUGAGCCAAGCUGUGCAAACCAAGAAUUAGAAUGUGAUGACAGGAGGUCACAGAGAAGGCGAGAAGAAAGAACUACUUACAAAGGAAGAGAAGCUUAUGAUCAGUCAUCAUGGUAUCAUCAUAAUGGACCACAGAGGGACAGGAACUGGGAAAAUUAUGAUUAUAUUAGUCCUAGACAAGGCAAUUUUUCACACUCUCAGUGGAACCUUAACAGACAUUCAGGUGGCUCAAAGGAACGCUUUGGAAGGCAUCAGAAUGUUUCAGGAAGCUCUUCAAAUUGGCAUAACUAUGGGAAUUCUGGAAGUGCUUGGCAUCCAAGUAGGUGGGGAGGAGGAGCAUCAAAUUGGCAUCACAGUGCUAGGGAGAGAAAUUCUACUUGGCACUUGGAAGGAGCAGGUAAUUUUUCUAUUUGGAAUUCUAAGUGUUACGGAGGAAACUGGAAAUCUGGUCCUCAUGGUACAAAUGGCUGGAAUUUUGGAAGCUCAGCAGAUAAGUAUUCAGUAGAACCUGUUAAAUAUAAUAAGGAAAGAUACGCAUGGCAGGAGAAAGACAUUGGUGUUCCACCAUACAGAGAUCGAAAACAUAGGAAGGACUCGCUUGAUUUUACUAGUGAUAAGUUUCCUUUUGAGGGGGCUUUGGAUUUUGGUACAUUAAAGCAACCAGAAAGCAAAACUUCAAGAGCCAAUGGAAAAAGUGGCAGUCCUUCCAGAGAUAAAAUGCAUCGCUGGACUCCCUACCCAUCCCAGAAAGCUGCAGAGCAGCAACUGUGGUCUGAAGAUAAUGUAUCUAAAACUCCAGAUAAAAUGGAGUCUGUAUCUAUGCCUCCUACUGAUUCACCAAUGAAAGAAAAAACUUGUGAAGUCAGUGUUAGCCUUUCAAAACCUAAAAACUGGGAAGCAUCUUCCCCUUCUAAUGUGACCUCGGAUCACCUUGAGUCUUGCAAGGUAAUGAAAGACUGUGCCAGUGGUGAAAAGCCUGACAAAACUGAUGGUACAAGUAAUAAGAUGCCAUCGCUGAAGUUCCCUCUUCUGAAUAUCACAGAUAUUAUGUUAUCUUCUCCAAAGCAAGACAAAAACAGUCUCUUAAAAAAUUUCAAGGUUUUGUUAUCCUCGGCUAAUGGUGAAGAGCAGAAUCGUUUGAAUGCACUGAACUUGGAAACAAACAGUUCCUCUUCUUAUUCAUCGAAGCUUCAUAGUGCAUGUGCUGAUAACUUACAAAAUAACAAAGAUGUGCUUGGUAGCCAUCUUAAAGAGACUGUUAAUAACUUAUGUGAAACAGAACAAAGCCCCAAAGAUAUUCAGUCCACCCAUUCCUUGCAAAAUGUUUCCUUAAGCUCUUGCAAGGAUGCAAGUGACCAGAAUAAGGAAGAGAUUGGGAAAACACCGCCAAAGGAUGAGUUCAGACUAGAUCCAUUAGAAGAUGUGAGCGAUGAUAAUUUAACAGGAGGUGAGAAGUUAGAAUCAAGAGCUGAAAAGUUGCGUUCUUCUGUUAGUUCUUGUUUACCCUGUGACACUCCAGGAGGUAAACCUGCUACCUCUGAAAAGGGUGAUGAUGAAAAACUGGCUGCUUCAAGUAUUGCUCCUGCUGAUCUAAAAGAUUCUGUGUUUCAGAUGGACUCCACAGUUUCUCCAUCAAACAGUCAGAACCAUGAGCAUGUAGAUUUGAAAACCUCCUCGCAGGACCGAGAAGGGGAUGAAGAGCAGGUCAAGUCACAUGAUCACUUUGAAAUGGAAGGGUUUGAAAAUCAAUCAGAUCAUGAACUGCAAAAAGGAGGAGGCCAGUCACUGGGCCUGCUUCCUGAUUUAAGCAAACUUGGCCUCCCUGCGUCUCUGCAACGAGACUUGACACGACAUAUUAGUUUGAAGAGCAAAGUUGGAACACAUCUUCCAGAGCCCAAUCUCAAUAACGCACGGCGCAUUCGGAAUGUGAGCGGCCAUCGAAGAAGUGAAACUGAAAAGGAGUCAGGACUUAAACCCACCCUCAGGCAGAUUCUUAGUGCUUCCCGGCGAAAUGUAAACUGGGAUCAGGUCAUCCAGCAGGUAACCAAGAAGAAGCAGGAACUUGGCAAAGGCUUACCAAGGUUUGGCAUCGAAAUGGUGCCUCUUGUUCAAAAUGAGCAAGAGGGUCUAGAACUUGGUGAAGAAUCUGAUCUGUCUUCGCUAGAAGGAUUCCAGUGGGAAGAGAUUUCCUUAGCAAUGCCUGGCUCAGCCAGAAAACGUAGCUUUUCUGAAAGCAGUGUUGUUGCAGACAGAAAUCCUUCUGCUUAUAGCUUCUUCAGUGAACAAGCCAAAAUGAAAGAAAGUGGGCAAAUAACUGCAGCCAGUCCCUCACAUCAUAUAACAUCUGGAUAUGAGGCAAGUGCUGACAUUGAGGCUGACUUGAAACAGGAGACAUCUUCUCUUCCUUUGUCACCACUUAUGUCUGAAAAAACUGAGACUAGUGGAAGGAGUCACAGCCUACCAGCCACUUCUGAGGUUGCAGGCCUCACAAAGCAAGAGCAGGAGAGCCCAGAGAAGAGAACACCUCUCCUUGAAAAACAAAAUGUGCUAGAAAUCUCAGAAGAAAAUCAUCCAGUUUCAAAUAAUGCUUUACUUCUUACAGUGUCUAAUAACAUAGAUGCAGCUACAGACAGCAGCUGCACAUCUGGUACUGAGCAGAAUGACAGCCAAGGAAUUGGAAAGAAAAGAAGAGCAACUGGAGAGGGAUCUUCUCCUGAGAUCCCUAGUCUAGAAAGAAAGAAUAAGAGAAGAAAAAUCAAAGGUAAAAAAGAACGUUCUCAGGUAGACCAGUUGUUGGCUAUUUCGCUGAGGGAAGAAGAAUUAAGCAAGUCCUUGCAUAGUGUGGACAGCAGUCUCUUGCAGGCCAGGGCUGCCCUGCAGGCUGCAUAUGUUGAAGUUCAACGGCUCCUUGUAUUAAAGCAACAGAUAACCAUGGAAAUGAGUACACUGAGAAGCCAGAGAAUCCAGGUCUUGCAGGGGCUACAAGAAACAUAUGAACCUCCUGAGCUGUCAGAGCAACUUCCCUGCAGUGUCUCAAGUGAAAGAAGAAAUAGCAAGUCUCACGUGGCAGCUGACUUAAUUCCUACAGGCACCUUCCUGCCCCUGUUGGACACUUUGUCGUCUUCUGUAGCUCCAUUUGGAGCUUCUGUUCAUGUUCAUGUACCAUCACCAUUCCAGUCUUCUGGCAUCGCACCCACUGCUCCUCCUGACUCCUCAGUACAAGUUAAACAAGAACCUGUGUCUCCAGAAGGCUCAGAAGAAAAUGUGAAUUCUGUACUCCAGAGCUCUCCAUGUGCCUCACGAGCAGAAGAGGGGGAGCAAAAGGAUGAAGAGACCAACCAGAAAACUUCAGUGUAUCCAGUUAUCUCAGCAACCAUAUCCCUAUCAGAGCUGGCAGCUUGUUUCCAACAACCUAAUCAAGAUGUACACAAGCCUGCUGUGGACAGUGGAGAAGCUGGACUUCCUGAGAACCCUUCUUAUUCAGCGUCUGUUUUCAGCAAGAGAGAAGCAAAUGAUACAGUGACUGGAAGCUUUUUAUUGGAUCAGUGUAACACUUCUCUUCCAAAGCAUUCGGCCCUUCUAGAAAUGCCAGUAGAUAAACCCCACAAAUUGUCAGCAGAACCAUCCGAACAACAGAUGGUGACUGCUGUAGUCUCAGCAGAGAAAGGGAACAGGAGGCGGAGAAAGUUAAGGAAGAAGAAAACUCUGAGGGCAGCCCAUGUGCCAGAGAACAGUGAUACAGAGCAGGAUAUAAUUGACUCGAAGCCUGUCCGGAAAGUCAAGGGUGGAAAGGUUCCUAAAGGAGAUAAAGUUACUACGUCCACUCCUCCAAAACAGGAGGAUGGAGUUACUGCUCACAUGGCAAGAAACAAAGAUGAGAAUGACAGUGAUGCUUCUUUGGAACUUGUGGAAUUUCCAGCACCCCAAUAUGAGGUGGUUGAUGUUGGUUCAUCAGAGUCGGGAGAUGAGAAAACAGACAUUCCCUCAAAGAUGCAGUCACAUGGCUCUAUGGAUCAAGCAGUCCUACAUGUGUCUUGCUCAGGUUAUGAUGAAGUGACCUCUACCAGUGAGAUAGGCACAAAUUAUAGGGAUGAUGGGAAAAGAAGUAUGUCUGAGAUGCAGAAUUCCAUAGGAUCACUAAGAGGAUCAAAGAACUCAUCAGAAGUGUCUUCAGAGCCAGGUGAAGAUGAAGAGCCCACAGAGGGAAGCUUUGAGGGACACCUGGCUGCAGUGAAUGCUCUUCAGAUUUUUGGGAAUUUGUUGUAUACCUGUUCAGCAGACAAAACUGUUUGUGCCUACAAUCUGGUUAGCAGGAAGUGUGUGGCCAUCUUUGAAGGACAUACUUCAAAAGUGAACUGCCUCCUGGUCACUCAGACAAAUGGGAAGAAUGCUGCACUCUACACUGGCUCAAGCGACCACACUAUCAAUUGUUACAAUAUCAAGACCAAAGAGUGCUUGGAGCAGUUUAAGUUGGAAGAUCGAGUGCUCUGUUUACACAGUAGAUGGCGGAUCCUUUUUGCAGGCCUUGCAAAUGGCAAUGUGGUUACUUUCAGCAUAAAGAACAACAAGCAGGUUGAUACCUUUGAAUGCCAUGGCCCUAGAGCAGUGAGCUGUCUAGCCACAGCUCAGGAAGGAGCACGCAAGUUGUUGGUGGUGGGCUCCUAUGACUGCACCAUCAGUGUGCGAGAUGCGCGGAACGGGCUGCUUCUCAGAACCCUGGAAGGUCACAGCAAGACUAUCCUCUGUAUGAAGGUUGUGAAUGAUCUGGUAUUCAGUGGCUCCAGUGAUCAGUCUGUACAUGCCCACAAUAUUCAUACUGGAGAGCUAGUACGGAUCUAUAAAGGCCAUAACCAUGCGGUAACGGUUGUAAACAUUCUUGGAAAAGUGAUGGUGACGGCAUGUCUGGAUAAAUUUGUUCGUGUUUAUGAACUACAGUCACAUGACCGCCUGCAAGUCUAUGGAGGCCACACAGAUAUGAUUAUGUGUAUGACCAUCCAUAAGAGCAUGAUCUACACUGGUUGCUAUGAUGGCAGUGUCAGAGCUGUGAGGCUUAAUCUGAUGCAGAAUUAUCGUUGUUGGUGGCAUGGAUGCUCGCUAAUCUUUGGAGUUGUGGACCAUCUGAAACAACACUUGCUAACUGACCACACCAACCCAAAUUUUCAGACUCUAAAAUGUCGUUGGAAGAACUGUGAUGCUUUCUUUACUUCCAAGAAAAGUUCCAAGCAGGAUGCUGUAGGACACAUUGAAAGACAUGCUGAGGAUGACAGCAGAGUUGACUCGUGAAGUUGUUCACCUCCCACAUUGGGAAGUAAUUUUAUAUGUCAGAAUUAUUCCAGAUAACAUCCAUUUCCUACUCCAGUCUUUCCUCUUUCUUUUCCCAUUUGGAAUGCAAAAAUAGAGUGGGGCUCAAAUGCCUUGUUACGGAGGCUGCAGGUCAUAUUGCACUCUGUAGAAAUAAGGCUGGUCGAUUAAGACAUGGCCCAAAUGGAAGAUUCUUGCAAGUUUUUAAUUCACUGACAGAUAAGAAUAUUCCCUCCUCUUGUCUGCUUUGGAUUUUUGUUGUUUGUUUUUCCUUUUUGUUUUUGUGUUUGCUUUUGUUUGUUUUUUUUUAAGCAGCAUAGUCUGAGUGUCCUUGGAAAGACCAGAGGGGUGUUGAGAACUUAGAUUACAAUAGGUUCUCAUGUUUGCAAAAUCAGCUUGAAGCCUUUUAUGCAUCUCAAAAAUGUCUAGUUUGAUGUUUUAUUUUUUUAGGUUAUUUUAACAGAACUCUGCAAACCAGAGUAUGACAGAUUAUAACAGUGAAACCUGAAUACCCAGUGUACAUUUUUACUUCAUAAAAAAGGUAUUUUAUGGAGAACUGGAAUAAGUAUUUUUUUAUGUUAAUUGUAACUUAUUUUUUAUUCCUUGUGUAAAGAUUGCUAUAACUGGCAUAAUAUAUACGGUGACAAACUGCCCAAAAUACUGUAUCUCCUUUUGUUUAUUUGGAGGAAAAGACUUUAUUUCUUGAGAGGUAUGCCAGUAGCAGGAAAACAGCCAGAACGAUGGCUCUGUUCAUGUGGUUUGCAGUCUUAGUCUUUUUAAAUGUAGGUCUUUAUGUACAGGAAAGAAGUAAGUGAUGUCAGCUUUUGUUUUAGUUAAAUACCAACAUAACCACUGCUACCUUGAUACAACACCAUAAUUGGAUUCCUGAUUUUAUUUGAUAUCUUAGUGACUGAACUUUGCAGUUCCAUUUCUCCAUGGCAUAGCAAACUUCAGAGAAAUGCAAAGGCACUGCCUGUCUAACUGCAUCCACUUGGCUGUGUUUUGUUUCUGUUGUGAACUGGCUUAAUUGGCUUGGGCUAUAUCAAGUUCACAAAACCUCAAGUGGAAAGAAUGGAGCAGGAUUUUAAAGGAUUUAAAAGUCUACAGUUCUCAAGCAGAAGCUGAGGAUAACAAAUGCAUACCACAUGGUAAAAUCUUGUUUCUACUAAUGCGGAAAAGCCAGUGCAGAGAUGAAGACUCUUUCUACUUGUUAGGAUUCCUCUGCAGGCAUCCCUUGGGAUGGAAAACUUUACCCAGUUAGUUCAGUGAAAUGUACUUCUUGCAUUUGUGACCCUCUCUCCCAUAAUGACACUAAUUUAGCAGAGGGCUCUUUUAAACAAUGAGGCUAAAUGUAGCAAUGAGCUUUGUCCUCACUUUUGCCUAACUUGCUGCUCAGGAUAAAAAAGAAGCAAGGUUGCCUUAAACUGUAACAGAAGUUAAAAACAUCCCAGUGCUAAAACUAAGCUGCUCACAAGUGAUGCUUUUCAAACAAAUUGAACUUACUGUUUUUACUAGGCAACUUUUUGACCACUACUUCAAUGCUUGCUAUGCCAAAACAGACCACAUAAAUUUUAUAGCCUCAUUCUUUGCCUAUGAAGAAGCCUUUUUAGGCCAAGAAACUGAUUGAGGAAAGCCCGUGCAUGUUCCACUGCCAUCAAAUCAAGGAACUUUGGGGUCUCCUCUGAAGCACACUAUUUUUUUUUUG